CUCCCGCCAACCACGCACGGGCCGCUUUCGGCGGUGAAUGCAGCGGCGAUUAGAUCAUCGUCGGAGCUAUCGCAGCUUAUCCGUUGCAUCACUCCAGUCUCCACCGCCAACUCUCCCGACUUCCGUCAACGAACCUCCUCUCCUUUCCAUUCCAUCUUCAGCCCGAGCAGUAGUAAAGAGACUGUUAACGGGCUGCCAUUAAUUCAUCAUCAAGCCCCCUCACAUGCCGCCUCCUGCUGGCCCGCAGAGUGCCAGACCAAAAGCUCUCUCGACCACGCCGACAGACCGGAAACGCAAACGAAACACCAGCACCACGAAUCACCAAUCCCCCUCAUCCGAACACCAGCAACAAACCCUCCAAUCCCUCUUCGCCGGCCAGCAGAAACCGCACGUCAACGGCCCCACGCCCUCCUCGCCGAGUAGCAAGCGCCUCCGCAACCCCCACCCCGCCGCCCCCUCUACCCCUCUCGCCACCAGCGAAAUGUACACCUUCUCUUCCCGCUCGCCGCCGGUGGCGAACGGCGCCAAUGGCAGCAAUGGCGUUAUCGACCUCACAUCCGCGUCACCUCUUCCGUCCCCGCAAUCGAGACGAAUCAAUGGCGCCACGCCGAUUAAACGCAACACCCCUGCUGGCGUCGGCAUCAAUCCUCACACGGGGGCGAAGAAGCUUGUGGUGAAGAAUUUGAAGACGCAUACCAGCUGGGAUGGCAAGGCGUAUUUGGAGAAGAUUUGGGGGCAGUUGGAUGAGGCGUUGACGGUCAUCUUCAAAGAUGGAGAUGCGGGGCAGCAGCAGCGGGGGUUCUUCAGCAAAGAGGAUUUGUAUCGUGGAGUGGAGAAUGUGUGUCGGCAGGGCGGGGCGUCGACUUUGUUCUCGAGAUUAGAAGGCAGAUGUCGGACGCAUGUGGAGAGGGAUAUGUUUGAGCCGCUGGCGGGGAAGGCCGGGACAGAUCAGCCGGUGGACUUGCUGGUGCGGGUGCUUGCGCAUUGGACGAGGUGGAAGGAGCAGAUGGUCACCAUCCGCGCCGUCUUCUUCUUCCUCGAUCGCUCGUAUUUGCUGUCGUCGAGCAAGCCGACGCUGGCGGAGCUGACGCCGCUGUUGUUUCGGGAUGUCAUUGUCAACAGCGCAUUGCUGAAGGAGGCCAUCAUCGGAGGAGCUUGCAAGUUGGUGGAUGCUGAUCGAAGGAAGACCGGAGCGCCCAGCGUGGAUGGAGAGUUGCUGUUCAAGCAGGCCGUGGAUAUGUUCCACGAGCUCUCAGUGUACACGGCGUCCUUUGAACCAGCCUUCUUGACUAUGACGCAAAGCUGGAUCGCGAAGGCAUCAGAUGAGAUGAUUGUGGAGAAAUCCGUGGCAGAGUACGUUGCGUGGGCGGGGCAAGUCAUCGAGAAGGAGAUGAAACGAUGCGACGCCUUUGCACUGGACAACAGCACUCGCAGAGAUCUCCUCGCUCUCCUUGAGGACCAUCUAGUGGUGCGCAAGACCACCGAUUUGGUCGAGUUCGAAGCGCUGGCGACCAUGCUGGACAACAACGCCACUGCGGACGUGACUGCCCUCUACGCACUCCUGAAUCGACGUCGACUGGGCCACCAGCUCCGGCCGUCGUUCGACAAAUGGGUCGACGAGACUGGUACGGGCAUCGUGCUCGCCAAAGAUUCGGACGACAUGAUCAUCCAUCUUCUCUCUCUGAAGCGAAGACUGGAUUUCGUGUGGGUCAACAGUUUCCAAAAAGAUGAGAGUCUCGCGCACGGGCUGCGCGAGAGCUUCGCAUUAUUCAUGAACAAGACGAAGAAAGGCGAGUCUACGUGGGGAACGGACAACACCAAGGUCGGCGAGAUGAUUGCCAAGUACGUGGAUCAGCUGCUUCGUGGUGGUGCAAAGGCUAUUCCGGACGUCCUGACCGUACGACGGGCGAGUUCCAUCACUGGACAACGGCCUGUCAUUGUAUCAAACGGCAAGCCGGUCGAAGAGGACAACGAAGACAUCGAGGUCGACGAAGAUGAGGAAGUGAACAUCCAGCUCGAUCAGGUGCUCGAUCUGUUCCGCUUCGUCCAAGGCAAAGCAGUCUUCGAAGCCUUCUACAAGAAGGAUCUCGCGCGCCGCUUACUCAUGGGCCGGUCGGCGUCUGCCGAUGCGGAAAGAUCAAUGCUCACCCGCCUCAAGACGGAGUGUGGUGGCCAGUUCACGCAGAAUCUGGAGCAAAUGUUCAAAGACGUCGAACUGGCGCGGGAGGAAAUGCAAUCCUACAAGCAACGCCUCGAGGACCGCAUAGGCUGGGACAAGGGCAAGAACGUCGAUCUCAGCGUCAACAUUCUCUCUGCUGCCGCCUGGCCUACGUACCCCGAUAUUCCUGUUAAUGUCCCUGCGAGUAUCAGCAAGGCGAUCAAUGAUUUCGAGCUGCACUACAAGUCGAAGCAUUCCGGGCGGAAGCUGGAUUGGAAGCAUGCAUUGGCGCAUUGCCAAAUGCGAGCGACUUUCGGCAAGGGGAGUAAGGAAUUGGUCGUGUCGAGUUUCCAGGCUAUUGUUCUGCUGCUGUUCAACGGUCGUGGGGAAGAUGAGCAUGUCGAUUAUGCUCAUAUCCUGAACGAGACUGGAUUGCCCGAACCCGAAGUGAAACGCACGCUCCAAUCCCUCGCCUGCGCCAAACUGCGCCCCCUAACCAAACACCCCAAAGGCAAGGAUAUCAACGCGACCGACACCUUCACCAUCAACACCGCCUUCGAGCACCCCAAGUACCGCGUGAAAAUCAACCAGGUGCAGCUCAAGGAGACCAAGGAGGAGAACAAGGAGACGCACAUCCGCGUGGCCGAGGACCGGAACUUCGAGUGCCAGGCGGCGAUUGUGCGCAUUCUCAAGUCAAGGAAGACGAUUGCGCAUGCCGAGUUGGUGGCGGAGGUGAUAAAGGCGACGAUGAGUCGGGGUGUGCUGGGGGUGGGGGAUAUCAAGAAGAAUAUUGAUCGGUUGAUUGAGAAGGAUUAUAUGGAGAGGGAGGAGGGGAAUAUGUACUCGUAUAUUGCGUAGACACGCUGCGAAGGCAAGGCGAUGGGUGGUGUGAUGGCGUUGUUGAAUAGAUGGAAGUAGAGAGGAAGAUUUCAGCCUGAGGCAGAAUCCACACUCCCUCGACUUCACUUCCCAUACCCCAUCCGUCCUCCAGCCUUCC